AUGAAGCGCAGCGCGCUCAUUCUUUCGCUCAUUCCCCUUGCCCUUGGGUGUGAUAACCCAAGUUCUCCCGGUCAUAGUUGCGCCUCAAUCUACUCGGUUUCUGUUGCGGCUGCUUCUAGCUUUUGUGCCACCUUCACUGCAAGUACGGUGACAGCCACCACGGGGGUCCCGGCGGCCUUUCUCAGCAAUUGCGACUACAAAACCAAGCAUCUGUCCAGUGCAUGCAGCUGCCUGGGCACCGCAGCUGUCCCUACUGUUGCGACUCCAACUAGCGUGGCCUCUGUUUUUGUCACUUCAGCAACUGCUACCCCUACACCUACUACUUUCAAGACAAGCACUGCUCAGAUUGUUAAGGUCGCAAAGGCAGCCACAUCUUCUACCGCAGUGAUCACUACUCCAGUUCCUGUACCAACUGCCAGUUCAUCCUUUACCGGUAACGGUGGAACAACCUGCACCGUAACUGAGUACGCAGCAAUCUCGUCCGCUGUGGCGUCUUGCUCCAACAUUCUUUUGUCCGACAUCUAUGCACCCCCUUCUAGCACAAUCGAUCUCCAAGGCCUGCAGACAGGCGCUGCUGUGAUCUUUGCUGGCAAGACUACAUUUGGAGACACCGCCGAUAGUGACUUUGAUCCCAUCGUUGUCUCUGGGACCAGCGUUACCAUCACUGGUGCUGAGGGCCACGUCAUUGACGGCAAUGGUGCAGCAUACUGGGAUGGAGAAGGUUCCAAUGGUGGCUCCGACAAGCCCGACCACUUUUUUGUUGUAAAGAAGAUGUACAACUCCCGUAUCGAGAACCUCUACAUUCAAAAUUGGCCUGUCCACUGCUUUGAGAUUGAAAGCACCGAGCACCUGACUGUCUCCGGCCUGACCCUCAACAACUCCGCCGGUGAUGCCGCCAAUAGCAAAAGUGAUGGUGACCCCGCGGCACACAACUCCGACGGCUUCGAUAUCAAAGAAAGCAGCUACUUCACAUUGGAGAACACCUGGGUGCACAACCAGGAUGAUUGCGUGGCAGUGACCAGUGGAACUGAUAUCGUCGUCAACGGAAUGUACUGCUACGGUGGACACGGGCUGAGCAUCGGCUCCAUUGGCGGCAAGAGCGACAACACCGUCAACGGGGUCACCUUCUCCAAUUCACAAGUGAUUAGCAGCCAAAAUGGUUGCAGAAUCAAGACUAACUCGGGCGAGACCGGUGAGGUCUACAACAUUCGUUACGAGAACAUCACCCUAUCUGACAUUAGCGACUACGGUAUCGAUGUUCAGCAGGACUACUUGAAUGGCGGUCCUACCGGUGAGCCCACUAACGGGGUCACCAUUGCCAAUGUCACCUUUGUGGAUGUUACAGGAACGAUGAGUGACGGUAAGGACUAUUACAUUCUCUGUGGAGAGGACAGCUGCUCCAACUUUGUGUUUGACGGAGUGGACAUCACUGGUGGUAGCGGCGACAGCUGCAACUACCCCUCGACCGGUUGCCCUUAA